GCUGUCUGAUUUUACUGCAUCAGUUGGUGAAAUCAGGGAUCUCAUUCCCCCACGCACAUCCGGCCCCUCUCCCACGCGGUCUCCCUCGCCCAAACCCUCGCCGCCGCCAUGGCCACUGCCCCCACCGCCGCCGCUGCGGCCGCGCUCACCGGCGCAGCCACCGCCGCGCCCAACGCGAGGCGCUGCACUAUCCCGCGCCAUCUCCCCGCCUUCUGCCGCGCCCACUCCGCCGCUUCCAUCAGAUGCUCGGCGGUGGCCCCUGCCGCGCCGACGCCACCAUCGGCCCCGGCGCCUCCCGCCACCCCGCUCCGGCCGUGGGGCCCCACUGACCCCCGCAAGGGCGCCGACAUCCUCGUCGAGGCUCUCGAGCGCUGUGGCGUCAGCGACGUCUUCGCCUAUCCCGGCGGCGCCUCCAUGGAGAUCCACCAGGCGCUCACGCGGUCCCCCGUCAUCACCAACCACCUCUUCCGCCACGAGCAGGGCGAGGCCUUCGCGGCCUCCGGCUACGCGCGCGCGUCGGGACGCGUCGGGGUCUGCGUAGCCACCUCGGGACCCGGCGCCACCAACCUCGUCUCUGCGCUCGCUGACGCGCUGCUCGACUCCAUCCCGAUGGUGGCCAUCACGGGCCAGGUCCCCCGCCGCAUGAUCGGCACCGACGCCUUCCAGGAGACGCCCAUCGUGGAGGUCACACGCUCCAUCACCAAGCAUAACUACCUGGUCCUCGAUGUCGAUGACAUCCCCCGCGUCGUGCAGGAAGCCUUCUUCCUCGCCUCCUCUGGUCGCCCGGGGCCGGUGCUCGUUGACAUCCCCAAGGACAUCCAGCAGCAGAUGGCUGUUCCGACCUGGGACACUCCCAUAAGUUUGCCUGGAUACAUUGCACGCCUGCCCAAACCUCCUGCGACCGAAUUGCUGGAGCAGGUGUUGCGUCUUGUUGGCGAGGCACGGCGCCCUGUUCUUUAUGUUGGUGGUGGCUGCGCUGCAUCUGGUGAGGAGUUGCGCCGCUUUGUGGAGCUGACUGGGAUACCAGUCACAACUACUCUGAUGGGCCUCGGCAAUUUCCCCAGCGAUGACCCAUUGUCCCUGCGCAUGCUUGGGAUGCAUGGCACCAUAUACGCAAAUUAUGCGGUGGACAAGGCCGACCUGUUGCUUGCAUUUGGUGUACGGUUUGACGAUCGUGUGACAGGGAAAAUUGAAGCUUUUGCAAGCAGGGCUAAGAUUGUGCACAUUGAUAUUGAUCCAGCUGAGAUUGGCAAGAACAAGCAGCCACAUGUGUCCAUCUGUGCAGAUGUUAAGCUUGCUCUCCAGGGCUUGAGUGCUCUCCUGGAAGGGAGCGUACCACAGAAGAGCUUUGACUUUGGCGCAUGGCAUGAUGAGUUGGAUCAGCAGAAGAGGGAGUUCCCACUGGGGUUUAAAACUUUCAAUGAGGAGAUCCCGCCACAAUAUGCUAUCCAGGUUCUGGAUGAGCUGACGAAAGGGGAGGCCAUCAUUGCUACUGGUGUUGGGCAGCACCAGAUGUGGGCGGCACAAUACUACACUUACAAGCGGCCGCGGCAGUGGCUGUCUUCAGGUGGUCUGGGGGCAAUGGGAUUUGGGUUGCCAGCUGCUGCUGGUGCUGCGGUGGCCAACCCAGGUGUCACCAUCGUUGACAUUGAUGGGGAUGGUAGCUUCCUUAUGAACAUUCAGGAGUUGGCGAUGAUCCGCAUUGAAAACCUCCCGGUGAAGGUGUUGGUGCUGAACAACCAGCAUCUGGGGAUGGUGGUGCAGUGGGAGGACAGGUUCUACAAGGCCAAUCGAGCACACACGUACUUGGGAAACCCAGAAAAUGAGAGCGAAAUCUAUCCGGAUUUCGUGACGAUUGCUAAAGGUUUCAACGUUCCAGCAGCCCGUGUGACGAAGAAGAGUGAAGUACGUGCAUCAAUCAAGAAGAUGCUUGAGACUCCAGGGCCAUACUUGUUGGAUGUCAUCGUCCCGCACCAGGAGCAUGUGUUGCCUAUGAUUCCAAGCGGUGGAGCUUUCAAGGACAUAAUCCUGGAUGGUGAUGGCAGGACCGUGUAUUGAUCCAAAUUUCGGCAAGCGCCACUGCUACCCCUGCCUUUGUUUGACAUGCAUAUGGGCUACAAGAGUGAUGUGCCCAAUAAUUGUGAUGUUCUAUCGGUUAGUAGGGUGUCAACUUUGAACCAUCCAUGUUGAACCAUGUCGUUUGCUAAUUUGCGUGUUUGAGGUACUCUGGUAUGGCAGUCUAAAUUAGCUUCCAGCCUUCUAGUUCUGUAGUCUGUGUUGUUUUUGUGUAGGCAUAUGCGUCAUAAGAGAUCAUGUAAGUGCCUUGUGCUACAUACGAAUAAUAAGCACUUCUACGCUGUGAUUCUGAA